UUGGAGGGUUUCACGUGCUUUCUCUCGGCUGCUUUGAGUGAUAAAUCACAGAGCGCGAGCCAAUUGAACAGAAGUGGAGGAGAGAAAGAGCAGAAAUGGCAGCAAGGAACUUAGAGAAGUUGGCCUCAAUCGAUGCACAAUUGAGGUUAUUGGUUUUGAAGAAGGUGUCUGAGGAUGACAAGCUGGUGGAGUAUGACGCUUUGUUGUUGGAUCGGUUCAUUAACGUUCUUUAG